UGCUAUCGGGAACGGAAGCGUGAGGGCUCCGGGUGUUACUUUAAAAGCCACUCCCCACUCUCGCGCCGGAAGCUGCCACUCUCGCAGCGGAAGAGGCGUGACCGGGUUGCAGUCUGGCAAUGUCCACCAACAACAUGUCGGACCCACGGAGGCCCAAUAAAGUGCUCAGGUACAAGCCCCCGCCGAGCGAGAGUAAUCCAGCCUUGGACGACCCGACGCCGGAUUACAUGAACCUGUUGGGCAUGAUCUUCAGCAUGUGCGGCCUCAUGCUUAAGGCUCUCUAUCUCUGCUGUCGUGAUGUCCUAUCUACAGAACCCUCAGCCCAUGACACCCCCCUGGUGAUGUCAGCCCCAAGGGGUCACAUUGUGGACUCCCUUUAUCCACCUUCUGGCAUAGUCUUCAGCUGCCUCCAUCUCUUGCUCUCAGCUGCUGCCCUAGGUGGGCUCAAGGCCCCCCCGCUGGAGGGAGGGAACCUGUUCCCCUGGGGUCCCACUUCUGCUCCAUUAUAGAGGGAAAAGCCUUAGGCUUACCCUUUCCUACCCAACUUGCUGUGGGGGAGACACUUCAUAUUUCAGAGUGUAUUUUGUUUUCUUGUAUAAAGUGGUUGAUAAUAAAGUUUUUCACUCUGGCUA